UUUUCUUUAUUUCUUUUUUAUUAUUGAACAACUAAAAAGACCGUUAUGCAGUCUAUUAAAUGUGUUGUUGUUGGUGAUGGUGCUGUUGGUAAAACAUGCUUGUUAAUAUCUUAUACCACCAACGCUUUUCCCGGUGAAUAUAUACCAACUGUUUUUGACAAUUAUUCAGCUAAUGUCAUGGUUGACGGAAAGCCAAUUAACUUGGGCUUAUGGGAUACAGCAGGCCAAGAAGAUUAUGACCGUCUUCGUCCUCUUUCUUAUCCACAAACGGAUGUCUUCUUGUGCUGCUUUUCACUUAUUAGUCCUCCUUCUUUUGAAAACGUGAAAACAAAGUGGUAUCCUGAAAUCAGUCAUCAUGCACCCAACAUACCCAUCAUCCUCGUCGGUACUAAACUUGAUUUACGUGAAGAUAGGGACACAAUAGAAAGACUUCGUGAAAAGAGAAUGGCACCUAUCACUUACACUCAAGGUGUACAAAUGGCAAAAGAUAUCAGUGCAGUUAAAUAUCUUGAAUGUUCAGCACUCACUCAAAAGGGUCUCAAAAAUGUAUUUGAUGAAGCCAUCAGAGCUGUCCUAUCUCCUCCACCAAAGCCCAAACCAAAAAAGUGUCUUAUUCUCUAAAUAGCUUUUUUCCGUAUUAUUUCAUAGUUUAUCAGGCAACUCCCUAAUAAUUCACUCUUCUUAUCCUCUGUCUUUCUUUAUUUUAUAUACACAUACAAAAAAAGUCCUACAGACGUAUACACACGCUGCACUCUCUCUCUCUUCCUCUGUCUCACGCACACACACACACCAAUAUAUACACAUUUAUACACAGACAUUUUAUAUAUAUAUUAUAUAAACUUUUCGUUCUUUAAUAUCAUUUUUUCUUUCUUUCUUGGUUUAUAAAAACAGUGGAUCAAACAAGC